UAAAUACAGAAACGUACAACCCGUCAGUUUUCAUAUGAAGAAGUGCCUGUGUGUGCCGAUACUGACAACAGGUGUUAUAUGUUUUUCUGUGCCACGAUGGCAACUAGACUGUUUCUGAUUCUCUUUCUAAGUGGACACGUGUUUGCCAAAGGAGGUCCUGAUGUAGACUGUAUGGUGAUUAAUCUGGAUUAUGUUAACUGUACCUGGAACGCACAAGGAACCCCAGACGUCAAUUACACUUUCCACAGCAGGUUCCAUUUUGACACACUGGCUGAGUGUGCCAACUAUAUGACAAAAAACGGCAUGAACAUUGGAUGUCAACAGCCCAGUGAUAAUCUACGAGUCAAAAGGUUCGAUACAUUUUACACUGUGCUGGAACAUGGAAACAACAGAUUUUCAAAGGAACAUGAUCUUAAAACUAAAGUCAAGUUAAAUCCACCAACAAACCUGACAGUCCAGAAUAACUCUGACUCUAACCUGUGCUUCAAAUGGAAACAAAUUACACACUGUGUGGAGAGUGAAGUUCGCUAUAGGAUCAACUACAACAAGUGGGAUACUUCAAAAGUCAGUUCAGGGAGGACGGAUUACUACAUAAACCUGCCCUCCAGCAAUUCUCGCUACGAGCUACAAGUGCGGAGCAGAAUAGAUAGCAGCUGUGGAGAGUCAGAUUGGUGGAGUGACUGGAGUGAGCCAGUGGUCUGGGGAUCCAACAACAGCACAGACUCCAACCGGCUGAAUGGUUCAAUGAACGUGUGGACACCAGUGGUGACUGUAGUGGGGGCUCUCAUUCUAAUCUUACUGGUCAUGAUGUUGUUGCACUAUGAAAGGUUCAGAAUCCUCAUCAUCCCUGUGGUUCCAAAGCCGUCCCUGGUCCCUAAAGACAUCCAGGAAUGGCUCAACAACUCCAAAGAUCUAAAGGAUGUUUUUAAGCCAAACUACAAUGAACGGGCCUGUCCCGUCCGCGAAUACUGCCAAUUAUCCCAGUCCGACAGUGAGAGCUCUGACAGCUCCAACUUUUCUGUCACCACGGAUCAAACCGAUUGCUCCGUCUCCAUGCCAACUGAUGAAUCAGGGGAUGUGUCCACUCCCUGCUCCAGUUCCUCCACCUCAGCUGUCUUUGCCCCAAAUGAAGAACGGCCGAUUUCUGUUUAGGAGCCUUUCUAGUCAGAUUUGGAUUGCAAAAUGUUUUAAAGGGCCUCAUAAGUACAUUGAGACAAUGCAAAUAUGAAUGUAACAUGGUGACACAAGUGUUCAUUUCUGUGGGAGUAUUUUGCCUGUUUAUUCAGAAGAAGCUAAUGCAUAAUUAGCCAAUGAAUAUACUGUACAUUAAGGGCUUUAUUUAUUCUGUUGGAGGAAACAAACUUUCCUAUAUUUAAAAUCUUUUACAAUUGGAAAUAUCCCAAAAGCCAAACUCUGUGUCUGGGGAUCGGGUAGUCGAGCCCCCUGCCAUCGAUUGCCACCCAAUCCACAUUGCACCUGGCCCCUAUGGUUCCUUCGGUGGAUGGUGAGUCCACUGGAGGGCGGGCCCACAUCGCUCCUUCGGGCUGGGCCCAGCCACCAGGCACUCAUUUUCGAGCCCCGACCCUGGUCCUGGCUCCAGGGUGGGGCCCCAGCUGCGCCAUGCCAGGCGAUGUCACGGGCCAGCUGAGGGGCCAGCUGAGGUGGCUUGGGACACCUCCCUGGGGAGGUGUUCCAGGCAUGUCCCGCCGGGUGGAGGCCUCGAGGAAGACCUAGGACACAUUGGAGAGACUAUGUCUCUCACCUGGCCUGGG